AUGGCGCCGACGCGGGGCGCCGGAGGCGGGGUGCGUCUGCCGCCGAUGAACGCGAUGGAGAUCCUGCGGGAGACGGUGCGCGUGCUGCGCGGGGACCCGCACGCGUUCAUGUCCAUCCUCUUCCUGCUGCUCUGCCCGGCGUCCGGGUGCCUCCUCCUGUCCGCGGCCGCGCUGGACGGGACCGUCGUGGUGCCGCUCGCGCGGAGGCUCCUCGUCGCCGCCGCCACGUCGGGGCUCCCGCUCACGCAUUUCGUCAGGCAGCUGGCGCACCACCUCACCGCCACUCUCGUGUCCGCCGUCGUCUCGUUACCGGCGCUUCUUACGCUCCUCCUCGCUGCCCGCGCAGCCGUGGCAUACACCGUCGCGGCCGUGUACGCCGGGAAGCCCCUCGCGGCCGGGGACAUCACCCUCCUCGCGCGCCGCGCGUGGCCGCGCCUUGCCGCCACGUACGCGCUCGGGUGCGCCACCGUCGCCGCCGGCCUCGUCGCCUUCCUCGCCCUCCUCGUCACGGCCUGCUCUACGCUCAGGGCCAUGCUCUACCCGCCCGACAUUGUCGUCUGCGCGGGCCUCUUCACUGUUCUCGCCUACUCCGUGGUGUACGCGCACACCAUCAUCAUCUGCAACCUCGGCGGCGUCAUCGCCGUUCUCGAGGAAGUGGCCGGGGUUAAUGCGCUGCGCCGGUCGGUGCAGCUGAUGCGUGGGCAGACCCACGUCGGGCUGCUCAUCUUCCUUGGGUCCACCAUUGGCCUAGCUUUCGUGGAAGGGCUGUUUGAGCACAGGGUGAAGACGCUGAGCUAUGGCGAUGGCUCAUCGCGGCUCUGGGAGGGGCCAUUGUUGGUCCUCAUGUACUCAUUCGUGAUGCUGAUUGAUUCAAUGAUGAGUGCGGUGUUCUACUUCACUUGCCGGUCAUCAAACUUGGACUUCUUGGACGAGGAGGGUGGCUCGGUUGAGGAGCUUGAGAUGAUGAGAGCUGGCAAUCUAGAUGCAAUUAGGUGA